GGAUUAUACCUGCAGACCUGACAGUACCGUCGCCUAAUAAUGCCUGCACAGCCCCAGGCUGAAGACCAAGCUACGCUGUAUAUAAAUUCAGUCCAUUUGGAGCUCAAUCAGCCACCCAGAGAUCCAAGUAGCCUGCAUAAGGAGUGUUUUAGGACUGUCACGGAGGAGGGGCCAAAGCACAACAGCGAACAGCUUCGAAACUGAUCUAGCAGUCGUUACAUCAACAGAUUGCAAACAUGAAGAAGACUACGUGUUUCAAGCUGCUGCUGGUCAUUGCUGCGUUGGUGGUCACCACGCUGCCAGCUGCAGUCGAAGCUGUGGAUAUCCAGGGCUUCGACAAUUCUGCUGCCUGUACGGGCACAGGAUACACCUUCCCAGGAAUUGCGCAGCGAACUUGUGCGGCGUUCACGAAUGAAGGAUCCAUUUUGAUCAGAGACCUUUCCAGCUGUCAGACCGGCAGAGCUUACCGCAACGGAGGAUGCACGACUGAGGUGGGAAAUGGGAAUGGCCCGACUGUGUGGUGCUUCGUCGGUGGCUCAUACACAGGAGCGGCCUGGUUCAAUAACUGCAGAAGACGUCGACUUCAGGCGGACAACAGCCACGAAUCCUGCACAUCUACCUCUGCUCCCAACGGUGUCCACUACACUGAGCACCUCUCCAAGGGAUCAUGGAUCCUGCACUCUGACAAUGCCACAGAACUCAUGGCCGAACUCAAAAAAAUUGUCGAUGAAGAGAAAGUGAACUGGCUCAAAGCUCGCGGUGCCUAUCUUAUUCCUGGGAGCGACACAAUUGAAUACGUCUAACGACCCACAAACACAUCCGCGAGUUCGACCCAAGCACCGGGCGCCGCUUCAGAGGUCGAACCAGGUAUCAUGUCUUGUAGCCCGGCGGUCAUGUCUUGUAGCCCGGCGUGCUCGAACAUCGUAGCAACUCUCAAAUAAGCAUGUGUGUGUAGACACCAGUGUGUCUCAGAGCGCAGGCAUGUCCACGGCAGGAUCAGACUUUGCAUCUGAUUCCGCCAGUUUUAACUAGUACGGUGGAUGACUCUCAAGGCCUCUGUCUUGGAGACCAAGUGUGAAGGUUGUAAUGCAGUUGUUUCUGCGUGUGAAGUGUGAAUAAAAUGAGCGUUGUGCAUGAUCUGGGCGCUUGCUCCUACAUCUCUCUA